AUGGCUAUUGCUAGCAUGGAAUGGGGACUUAUACCAGCAUUGUACAGUGAUAUCCACUUUGAGCAUGCAGCUAUCUCGAGAAACCACCUCGAGUUCUACUCAGUUCUGUUUGACGAAACUUCACGGCAUUGUCCCCUGAUAUAUGUGAGAGAUCGCCAGUCUUGCAACGGGACCUUCGUAAACGGCAUCUUGUGCGGGAAGGAGCCCGAUAUAAGUCCCGCAGUGCUCCUUAAUGACGGCGACGAAGUUACAAUAAAACCACAUUGGAGCUUCAAGCUCUACCAGCCAUUUAUACAGAACGCCGACCUCGACUUGACCCACUGGCAGCGAGAAGAGGUCGCUCUCCUUGAUGCUCGCUACAUCGUCACCAACAGAACUCUAGGAGAAGGGGCAUAUGCGCGGAUUAACCUGGCAUUUGAUGUGAUGACCGGGCAGCAACUCGUAUGCAAGAUUCAUGAUGUUGCCUCGCUGGCGAACUCAAAGGGGCUGGAGUCCCUCCGCCGCGUGCAUCAAAAAGCCUUCAUCCUGAGCCAACUGGACCAUACCUUUCGAGCCUCGAGGACUCUGUUUUUCUUUACCGAAUUGGCAACUGGAGGAGAUUUGUAUUCAAUCCUUGAGAGGAAGAAGAGGUUCAGUGAGCUCGAGGUCAGAUGGGUCAUGAGGCAGGUUACUCGAGGGCUGGUCUAUCUGCAUGCCAAAGGUGUUGCACACCGCGACCUGAAACCCGAAAACAUACUGUGUGCCGUCGGCACAGAGGCCACACAUCGUAUCAUGAUAUCGGACUUUGGCUGUUCUGCAGUUGCUAGCCGAGGGAGGAUGACAUCUAACGUUGGCACCCGCCUAUACCAAGCUCCGGAGUGUGCCGUCUCAGGCCAUACACACGAUCUAGCAGUAGAUAUCUGGGCCCUUGGCUUGCUGGUCUUUCAAUUAUCUGCGGGCAACCGGGACGUCAUCGACCCUGACGAGCUCCAAGGACCCCUCGGCAUCGAAAGUCAUAUCCAGCGCGUCCUCAACACCCGCAGGGCGGACUUUCCGGAUCUCCUGUCAGCCGACUGGUUCGACUUUGUCCGUCGUUGUUUGGUACAGGAUCCGCGGGCAAGGAUGACGGCCGGGGAAGCCAUGCGCCAUCCUUGGCUCAACGAGCCAGCGAGCUGCCUUGCCAUCUUCAAGAAGCGGGAACUCGAGACCACUCGGACGUGGAGGCCAAGAGAGAUCGUCUUGCCGACGAUUGUGGACCUCUCCAACAUCGACUUUGGCGCGCGUGAAGCAUUACGCUGGCGCAAAGAUCUAUCUUGCCGCGUUUCGAUUUGGGAUCCUAUCCCUUCUGCCACGGAAGCAGCAAUCAAAGAACCCAGCAAGUGGUUCAAGCAAGUCGAUUGGCAACGAGCCCUCAAGGACGGGCGAGGGACGCAUGCUCUCGGGGUGGAUGUGGUUGACGGAUCCCACUAA